GUUUAGGUACAAGUCAUGGGCGACACACGGUGUGGGAAAUGAUUAGUAUAACACAAUGCGGCGCUUUGUGAAAAGCUACAAAGCCGAUGUGAGCGGAGAAAAGGCUGUAUUGAGGAAGCUCUAAGGGUUUGUCUGCAGUGUGGGAAUGGGUUACAUUCCUCUGUGGUCCAAAUGGAGAAUAAAGGGAGCGACGAGGUGGAAAAAUUGAAGACAAAGUUCUUGUCAGUGUGGCACAAUGUGAAGUACAGUUGGGCUCUGAAGUCUAAGACCUCAUUCAGUAGAAAUUCCCCUGUUCUCCUACUAGGAAAAUGUUACCAUUUCAAGGCUGAAGAUGACGACAAUCCUACAGAAGAAGCCUGCUACGAAGCCUCAGAUGAGGACUUCAUUAUGGGGGACGUGGAGGCUUUCCGGAAGGAUUUUGCAUCCCGUGUGUGGUUUACCUACAGGGAGGAGUUCCCUCCUCUGCCUGGCUCCGUCCUGACCUCCGACUGUGGCUGGGGCUGCAUGCUGAGGGCUGGGCAGAUGAUGCUGGCUCAAGCACUCAUACUGCACUUCUUGGGCCGAGACUGGACCUGGUCAGAGGCGCUGAAGCUCCAGCCUUUAGACACUGAGACGUGGACUACCACUGCUGCUAAGCGUCUGGUGGCCUCCCUAGAGGCUUCUUUGCAGGGCUCCCAAAGUCCAUCUGAUCCUGAUUCUCCACCUUUACCUCAAGCCCAGGUCCCAGGAUCUGCAGAGGAGGCAGAUGCCCACUUGAAAGAGAUGUACCACCGUACUCUGGUGUCGUGGUUUGGGGACAGCCCCUCGGCCCAGCUGGGCCUCCACAGGCUCAUCUACUUAGGCCUGACAAUGGGGAAACAGGCAGGGGACUGGUAUGGACCUGCUGUGGUGGCACACAUCCUCAAGAAAGCUGUUGAGAAGGCGAUGGACCCUGGCUUGGCGGGUAUAACUGCUUAUGUCUCCCAGGACUGCACAGUGUACAGUGCUGAUGUCAUGGAUAGCCACCGAGCACCGACAGCGGGGCGGGCCUCUGCUGAGGGAUCAGACGCCCCUCCUUCCCUACAGAACAACCAACCGGCAUCUGCCUCUGCCCUGCCAGACAGUCGAGCUGUCAUCAUCCUUGUCCCUGUGCGGCUGGGAGGGGAGAAAACUAACCCUGACUACUUUAACUUUACAAAGAGCAUACUGAGUCUGGAUUACUGCAUAGGCAUCAUUGGAGGGAAGCCCAAACAGGCCUGCUACUUUGUAGGAUUUCAAGAUGACAGCUUGAUUUACAUGGACCCUCAUUACUGUCAGUCUUUUGUGGAUGUCAGCACCAGCGAUUUCCCUCUCCAGUCAUAUCAUUGCCCCUCACCGAAGAAGAUGCCUUUCAGCAAGAUGGAUCCAAGCUGCACCAUAGGUUUCUACUCCAGAAGUGUCCAAGACUUUGAGAGAAUCAGCAAAGAGCUGUCAAAGGUGCUGCAGCCCUCAGCGAAAGAUAAAUACCCAGCGUUCACUUUCGUGCAAGGUCAUGGCAAAGACUACGACCUGUCAGCUGCACUGACCCCAGAGAAGAGAGAGUGGCCCUUCAUACGUGACCCACGGAGGACAGUCUCCACUGCCGGGGACUUUGUGCUGCUUUGAUAGCAGUGAUUAUGACUAUUGACAUGGAACUUUCUCUUUUAAAAUGUUGAAAGCAGUUUGGUAUCCAAAGCUUGCUGUUGUUGUCAGUUGUGACACAGAAGGUUUCUAAAACUUUACAAAGCUACAGUAAUUCAGUUUAUUCAUCCUGGAAACUUUGUUGCUGUGCAAUUUUAGCCAAAAGUGUUAUUUACUUGCAGAUUUAUAUUUGGUGCCUGGCAAUGUCAGCUUGCUGAACAUUUUGUUGGAAAAUGUUGGGACAUUUUUUGGGCUCUGCUGAAUUCUAUGAAGCAUUUCAUAUAUAUAUAUACUCAUCUAGAGAAUAAGAACAUCUAGACAAACACUAGUCAUUUUGCACCAUCGUAACUUUUUAAACUUGAGAGUAGCUGUUGACAGCCAUUAUAUCAACAUGCCAUAUUUUGGAAGAUUUGGUGUAGGAUUUGUCUUAUACCUAAAACAUAUUGAAGAAGUCUCAAGGCUUGUAAUAAGCAUUAAGUCCAUUUCAGCACUCCCACACUGACCUGCUUUGUAAAUACAUCGAUAAAUCUGUCGCAGUGGAGGUAUAACUGUCCCUGAAAUCAGGACCGGUCCGCAUUAAAAUCUUUUUUUAGCAUAGGGCCACACCUACAGUAUUUGGACAGAGUCUCUUUAAUGUGGCUAGUAUGAGUGUAUGACUGAAAGGAGUGUGGUAAAAGCUUUCAUUCAUAUGGUCCAAGGGCUCUCUGAUGAUAGACUGAACUAAGUAACUCUUCCAAACUUCUCCGCCAAGAAUAUUUCAUCAAAUAAGAUACAUUUUUCAUCCAUCUGAAACACCUCAACAACUGAAACAAAUGGGAUACGUGCUUUGAAGGACACUCUCUCCAUAAUUCUGCCAACAUGUCAUUUUAUUCACACUAGAGCUUUCAUCUUAGCAGUAAUAUAUGAUGGUGUUGUGUGAUGAUAUGAUUGUUUGCUUGUCUCAGUGGUAUUAAUUUUGACUCAGUUAUGCAUUACAGUGAAAGUGACCAGUGGUUAGAGUUUGUUAAAUGGUCAAAGGUGCCAGGUGCUAUAUCUCUCUAGGCACAAUCUGUUAUUAAUUACCCUUUACGAAAAGAUGUUUUUGGAUGUAAAAGUAUCUGCUGUACUAACACCCAUUUCAAAAGAACAUGGAGAAAAAAAACUUCUAGGGAAUUGCAAUAUGUGGGUUGU